AUGUCAGAGGAUAGCGAUUUUAAAGUUUUGGAUUGCUUGCAUGUACAACUGAAGCCUGGAUGGACGAAAAAGGGAAUAACUGAAUUUCUGAAAGAAGCAGAAAAGCGAGAAGUUUUAUACACAAGAGCCCGCAAAGAUGAUAUGGAGAAAGCGAUUGCUCAGUUUAGAAGUUCUGCUUUGAACUUCAUCGCCAGACUACCGACCGAGAUCCGAAGUAAACCCUACUUUGAUUGCAUCAACCAGUAUAAUGGGGAUACAGGAGCAAAUUUACUUGACCAGUUGGUGUCUGAGGUAAAAAAGCGUAGUCGACUAGAAUGGGAAGAUUCUGUAAAGACUCGUACCGGAAAAAGACCAUGUAGAGGACAUACUACAAGUAAUUGUCAAAGUGCAAAGACAUCUCAAGCAUCCACUAAUCCACAGUUGUCACAAUGGCCGUCUAUGCCAUUUAUUUCGGAAGAUGGAGAGUUAACAAAUAUUAAUGAUGUCGGUCAAGUUCCAACUCUAAAUACUUCUCAGAUGAAAUCUGGUGGUGGAAAACGAUUACCAAUUGCUUCUACACCAAAAGUUACUGGACUUGAAGGAUUCAUCCCUCCAUCUACUACUUAUCGAGUAACUCGAUCACGUGCAAUCAAUAACCAAGGUUCAAGUACAUGUAAAAUGAAUACAACUCGGGUAACUAACACUAAUAUAACAACAGCUCAUGAUACUUUAACCACUAUGGAUAAAACUUUACGACCUAAUUCUACACAAAAAUUAUCUAAAGAAAUGAGAUAUGGUGAAAUUGUUAAUAUCAAUUUAGUUCGGGAUAAAAAGACAGGUGUGUCAAAGGGAUUUGCCUUUGUGUGUUAUGAAGAUCAAAGAAGAGGUCGUAUAAUCCGAGUAGACCAUGUCGAAAAAUAUCGAGUACCAAAGGACGGAGUUCUUGAUGUUGGACAUACGGGUAAAAAGCCAGAGUACAAACGACCUACUGACUCUGUUUCCGAAUUUGUUAAAGAGCAUGGAUGUGGUCCAGAAGUGAUGAAACAACUGAAAAAAAUUCAACAGGAACAAGAAGAGGCAGAAAAGCGACGCCUUGAAGCUAUUCAGAAGCGAAAUGGUCGGGAGAAACGUUAUAAUCCAGAGUCAAGAUCUAGAGAAAAUGGGGAGUUAAGAAAUAGAGAGAAUCGAGAGCCAAGGCUUAGGGAAAACAGAGAGCCUCAUUCAGAAACAAAAAGAGAAGACAUUAGUCAAAGGAACUCUCCGAGACGCCUACGCAACCCAAGUCCUUCCCCACCGCGCAAAGUCUCCAUUAAGGCGGAGCCCCCUAGUCCACCAAGACCAUUCCGCUAA